AGUGCUUGGAUCCAGUCCCUUCGGAGCGCGGUUCCCACGAUCAGGCCUUUCCAUCCGAUGCACUUGAAAGUAGCCUGAAAGGUGAAGCAUCAUGUUCACUGCCAGUGCAAAAAUACGAAAAGGAGAUGGCGCUCAGCCCGAUGAGUUCGAACUGUCCAUGUCCCAGGCAAUUUUCGAGCUUGAAAUGAACUCAGACCUCAAAGCCGACCUCAGAGAACUCUACAUCAGUGGGGCAAAGGAAUUAGAUGUUGCAGGAAGAAAGGCCAUCAUCCUGUUUGUUCCAGUCCCUCAGUUGAGAAACUUCCAACAAAUCCAGGUACGCUUGGUGAGAGAGCUUGAAAAGAAAUUUUCAGGAAAACAUAUUGUUGUUGUUGCUCAGAGGAGAAUUCUUCCACGACCAACAAGAAAGACUAGAAACCAGAAACAAAUGAGACCAAGAAGCCGAACCCUGACUUCAGUUCACGAUAAUAUCCUGGAUGAUCUCGUUUACCCAAGUGAAAUUGUUGGCAAAAGAAUCAGAAUAAAGCUUGAUGGUUCUAGAAUGACCAAAGUUCACCUUGACAAAAGCCAGCAGACGAACGUUGAACACAAGAUUGACACCUUUGCUGCAGUGUACAAGAAGCUAACAGGCAAAGAUGUACUGUUCGAAUUCCCAAGCUAUGAAUAAAUGAUGUAAUAAAAUUCAGCCAUUGAAAGAGUUUUCUUA